AUGGAAAUUCUCUGCUUGACAGGCUACGGAAGCUCGAGCCAUGUGUUCGAGAGGCAAAUAGCUGCCCUUCGCAAGCAGCUUCCCGAGUCGUUUGAAUAUGUGUUCGUGGAAGGGGAGAUUGAGUGUAACAGACAUCUAUGUAAGCCAGUUUUUAUCGUAUAUACGUGGCGAUCUAACUCCGACAGCCAUACCUUCCGUUAUGCUAGGUCCUUUCUACUGCUGGUACAAGAAAGUUGA